AUGGCGCCAGACGCGCUUUGCGACAGCAGAACCGACAACCCCGCCCUCGCCAGGGGAAGCGAUAUAUUGAACUAUUCGCUUUACGGCAAGGGGAAAAAGGCUCAGCGCUGGGAUGAGAUGAAUAUCCUGGCCACUUAUCACCCUUCUGAUAAGGACUAUGGCUUUAUGAAGGUGGACGAACCCAGCACCCCCUACCGCAGACUGCAGGACAGUGAUGAGGACCUGUUGGCAGGGUCCUCCGUCAAGGUGACUCCUGAAGUGCUAGAAGAGAGGUUUGCAACAAUGGACAAUUUCCUCCCCAAGGUCCUCCAGUAUGGUGACAAUAGAAGCUCAGGAGCUGCAGACAACUUUUCCAAGACACACUCCUGUAAUUUUGACAAGCACCGUAAGACACACUACACUGAAGGGAAGUUCCUCAAGUCUCAGAAAAACCUGCCCUUGGAACAUGAUGAGGACAGCUGUAGUGCCGGCAUCAGCAGUGGUGUUAGAGGUGUGACUAUAGAGCCAAAGCCCAGGCCUGUGGAGAGAUGCUGGGCAGGAGGACUAGCCAAAAGAGUCAAUGAUGAAACUGACAUGCUUGCCUCGAGACCCGUCCUAGAUGUCAAAGAUUCCUCUAGCUGCAGAAAUCAGUUCCCCUCAGCUUCAACCCCCAUUCCAUCGGAGCAAAUCGAUCUGCAACGCAGGGAGUAUUAUAGCCAAGGAAGAUACCUGAGGUCUGACUCACACCCAGAACCUGAAGAGGACAUAGAAGAUGAGCAGCAGCAGCACAGAACUACCAUGUCAUCCAAAGACAAUAGGUCUCCAGUGACAUCCAGCUGGUGUCAGUGGCUAGAGGCCAAGAGGCAGAACUGCCGAAGCCCAGGGAGCUCAGAGAGGGAACAUAGACACAGCCAGAACCCUCCAACCCAGAACGGGCGCAGACGUGAGCCUGGGCAGAGGCAAGGAGGUGGUUGCAUUGGCCUGGGAGGCAGAGGGUCUGAGUGGAUGAAACUCUGCGGCUCCAAUGGACUCAGGAAGAAGAAUCCAGACAAUGGAAAAUGUAGCACCUUAGGAUGGGGUGAGGGCAACCUUACCCUGCACUUACCACCUUAGGAGUAGACAAUAAAAAAGAAGAAGAGCAGGA